AUGGCUCCUAGAAUUCGGCGCAGAACAUCGCCGGUAAAUGUCCGGAAGGUAGCAUCCGAUUUGGAGAAGUUGUUGUCCCAAGUAGCUGAAGUAGCGGGCCAGCUAUGUCAGCUGCGGAACGCAACCAAGAUCCACGUUCUAAAAAUCAAACGAUAUGCCGGGGGCCUGCACGGCCAGGCCGACAAACUGCUCCAACACGCCGAGAAAUUGAUCAAACACGCCAAGGGACCGCUUUACCCAGCCGACAAGCAGGCAGCCGAAUCGGAUAACGAAAGUGGAGAGCAGACUUCUACCUGUGGGUCGGCUUCCUCUUCAGAGCAUGCAAACUCAGUCGUGCGUCAAGAGUCCGAAUUGGACGGCUACUACAACGGGGGAAUCAAGCUUGAGUCAGCACAGCUAGGCAAGCACACCGUUCGCAACAUCUAUCGAAUAGUCGAGGAGUUUCCGGCGAGCAAAGAGAUCGGCUACUUCAAGAGCACGGCUGGAAAUGACCUCAGCAUAGACCUAGAGAAAAUCAGCGGCUCGACAAUUCGAAUCGAAAGCUGGUACCAGUCUCAAGCAGUGCGCCUUUCGCCAUCCGAGAACUACGAGCUUCGUGGUCUCAUGUGUAAGCACGAAGUCGCACCGGUCCAGAGCUCGUCAUUUCGCAUUCCGGACCUACAUUGGACAGAUCCAGGACUAGAUUAUCGAGAACUGCUGUCCUCUACCGUGAGAGAUGCUUACGGGGAGGACACGUCUUACCUUGUGAUGCCAGUAGAGUUCGUAACCUACUGGCUGGAGUCGAUUGGUCUAUCCUCGGGGCUCUUGGACUGCGGCAGAAGGCUCAAAUUGACAAACGGCUGGAUCCAUGGGGUGCAUACCGCGUAUCUGUACAUCAGCGCAAGCCGUGGAUCAGGCUCAGCUUUGCACGUAGAGGACGGAUUCCUCGGAUCUAUCAACAUUGUCCUCGCAGGGGCGCCUAAAGUAUGGCUUAUGGUGGAGCCAGCAUAUCGUGAAGAGCUCGAAAGCAAAGCGAAGGAGAGGCUCGAAGGCAAGGAUUAUUCGUGCUCCCAGUUCGUCCGCCAUCUGGAUAGCCUGCUUUCACCGGAACUUCUGGAUCAAUGGGAGAUACCAUAUCGAAUUGUGCCGUGCGGAGCCGGAGAGAUGAUUGCGACAUUCGCGGAGACUUACCAUCAAGUCGUGAAUGUCGGUCCGAAUAUUUCCAUGGCAAUCAACUUCGCGCCGGACCCUCACUGGGCUGGA